UCUGACUGAAAUUUGCCUCAGAAGAACACCGAAGGACCUAUUAGGAUCAUUGCCUCCUGAGUUCCGGAACAUGUUGAAGCAGCUAGGAUUUUACAUGGAAGAUGAAGAGUUUGAAAAGUUGUGGAGAAGAUAUGACAUUGAUGGUCUUGGUGUCAUUAAAGGAGAUGUUCUAAUGAGGAAACUUGGAAAUGAAUGCAGGAAUGGAAUGACACACAAUAAUGAAGGCUCUGCUCGAAAGUCAUAUGAUCAAAUGAGCUGCGAAGACUCAGGAAUGUUCUCCCCAGGACGGACAAGGACCCUUAGCAAAGCAGAGCAAGAGAGAAAAGCUUCUCUUGAUAUUGAAAAAUGGCUGAAGGACAAAUUCAGGGAAGGUUAUAACAUUAUGAAAGAAGAGUUUGAAAAGUAUGACGCUGAAAGGACAGGCAAGGUAUUACACAGAGACUUCCUCUCUGUCCUGGCAAUUUUUGGACUACAUUUGAAAAUUGAACAUUUAAACCUUUUCCUGGCACGAUGUAAUCUUGAAAACAGCAAAGCUGGGAUAAAGUACAUUGACUUUCUCAGAAACUUCCAAGAUCGAAGUGACAAGGGGAUGCCGCAUAAAAUUCUCAACAACCCAAAACACAAAUUUAACAAUGAAGGAAGUGUCAGUCUGUGCUCCACAAUAACUGCAAUUGAAGCAAAACUGACAAGAUUAUUCCAAUCAGACUUCCUUGCACUUUUAGCCACCUUUCACAAAAUCGACAAACUAGAAAUGAAUGUUAUCAGCCAGCAGGAGUUCCGAGCUGCCAUAGAGAGCAGGUUUGGUGUGGAGAUUACUGAUGAAGAGUUUGAGCUGCUCAUUGACAGAAUUCCCCUUGAUGAAGACGGAAAUGUCCGCUACCCCCAAUUCAUGGCCAUGUUUGACUCUAGAAAAGGGGUUUCUAGUCUUUUUGACGAGAAGUCAGUAAUCUUACCAGGACAAAAGGGACUACAAGAGAAAGAGCGCUCAAGUCAACUGGAUGAAGACAGGAGAUACGGUAGAACUCCCGAGCAGCUCUUCAAGAUUAUUAAAACCCUGUUGUAUAAACAGUACCAAGAAGUUGAGAGAGAAUUUGAACAGUUGGAUGAAAUUAAUUCAAAGCGGCUAAACCAUGAAACCAUGUACCGGCUUCUGAAACGCUUCGACAUUUGGCCAGAGGUGACCCGGGGCGAGAUCCGCAGGCUCUGGAAAACACUCAUCACGAAUCAAGAUAAAACCCUGGAUUUCCUGGAGUUUGUGAGACACUUCGGCCACUCCCCGAAAUCCGCCUGCUUCCCCAACGCCAAAAUCAGCCCCCCGAAAAAGGGAGACUGCGAUUUAAGAAUGCGUUCGAAGAACCUCAACUGUGCGUCCGACAUCCUGGUGGAUCACGUUCGCGCAAAAGUUGACUACCUGUGGGACGAUCUCAGGAAAGAAUUUCAGGAGCUUGACCCUUACCGCACCGGGUUUGUCAGCAAAGAGGAGUUUAAAGAUAUCUUGACCGAGUUGUGUAUAAAUUUGAAUGAAUACGAGUGUGAAAUGCUGGCGAAGAAAUUCGAAGUCAAUGGAGAUGGCCGGGUUUCCUACAUAGACUUCUUGAAACCUUUUGCAAUGCGCAGGCAGCAGUGGCGAGAGGGAAGCAACAUGUUAGCAGUACUGCAGCAUCCUAACAGUCAUUUCACAGAACAACCUGGCACAGGACUGAACACCAUCACAGCAAGGCUGCGGCAAAAGCUUCAAGGUGAAUGGAAACCCUUACGCCGAGCCUUUAAGAAGUUAGAUAGCACCAGCAGUGGGUACCUCUCUUUGCCAGAGUUUCGCGCUGUGCUCAAGCUCUGCGAUCUGCUCCUGAAUGAGGAUGAAGUCUACCACAUCAUGACAAAAUUUGAUGAAAACAUGGAAGGCAAGGUCAACUACAAAAAGUUCCUGCAAGACACCUACAAAAAAGAGAAGAAUUGUGCAGAAAACAAAACCUCAAAGUGAUAAAUAAUUCACCUUUUUCUGACAAUAUUCAAAUUCUCUGUUUUUCAAAUCAUAACUUUAACUCAAUUCCGAUACCUUUGCUUUGGGCAGG